AUGGGGUCUAAUCAGCCGACAGGCUCAAACGGACAUAAUGGCACAUCGAGUACCGACGAACGCAUCAUUUUGACGACUUAUCCCGGGCAGAGUGUCGUGAAUCCGGUGCCACUGAAAUGGGGAGCUGCGGAUCCUCAGGAGCGCGGACCCGUCUUGGUGUCUCGGGCGUCAAAGACCAUCACGAGGCGCAAUGCAAUUGGAGCCCACGGCGGAAGUUACUCUGUCUACAAUGCUAUCGCUAUAGCUGCUGGAGACCUGCCGCGCAACUUCCAGCCCAGCUUCGAGAACACGCAUCCGACAUUUAACUUCCCGCCUCAGCAAGCAUGGGGGGACAAGUCCAAGAUUGUUGCAAUGGACCCUUUCGGCCAUGAAACAGCCAGGCUCUUCAAGAGCCAUCUAGACGCGGGCCUCGAUAUUCGACCGACAAUCGCUGUGACAAGGGCGACUAUGCGGUUAGCCGAGGUUACUGAGUCUCUGAAGGCAGGCCGUAUCCGGGACGACGGCGAUGUUAUUAUCAACAAGGAGGGAGACGUCCGCGUCACCAAAGCGGCUGUCGAACCCGUAUGGUAUCUCCCAGGUGUCGCCGAGAGAUUCGGCAUCGACGAGGGCACUCUGCGCCGGACUCUAUUCGAACAGUGUGGUGGCAGUUAUCCUGAACUCAUCACGCGCCCCGAUAUCAAAGUCUUCCUGCCUCCAAUCGGGGGACUGACGGUGUACAUCUUCGGGCCACCCGAGCGUGUAUCAGACCCAAGCUUCAAACUUACACUCCGUAUCCACGAUGAAUGCAACGGCUCAGAUGUCUUCCAGUCAGACAUUUGUACCUGCCGCCCUUAUCUUGCCUUUGGCAUUGAAGAGGCGAUCAAGGAGGCUCAGAAUGGCGGGUCAGGAGUCGCAAUCUAUUUCCGAAAGGAGGGACGAGCCCUUGGUGAAGUAGUGAAAUACCUGGUGUAUAACGCACGCAAACGUGGUGGUGACACGGCGGACAAGUAUUUCGCCAGGACCGAGAACAUCGCCGGUGUGAGAGAUAUGCGCUUCCAGGCCCUCAUGCCUGACAUUCUGCACUGGCUCGGCAUCAAGAAGAUUGAUCGCAUGCUUUCCAUGUCGAAUAUGAAGCAUGAUGCGAUAGUGGAGCAGGGAAUUCCAAUCCUUGAGCGGGUUCCCAUACCAGACCAUAUGAUCCCCCAGGACUCUCGUGUGGAGAUUGACGCAAAGAUCAAUUCCGGGUACUUCACCACGGGCAAGAAGCUCACGGAUGAAGAACUGUCCAAGAUCGAGGGUCGCGGAUGGCAGAAUUGGGAAGAUGUCGCCCAUUAA